GAGGACGGCACCUCGGUCGACCCGGCUCUUUCUCCAUCUGAAUUCAGCCGACCAAACAGGACCGACCUCUGUCCUUCCCUCCAGCUGCGGACCCAGCAGAGGGAUGUCACAGCUGACAGACAGCCAGUCCCGCACGGUCCGCAUGAAAAACAAGCAGCUCGUCACCAUCCUCCACGCUUACGCACGGGCUGUGUUCCUCUUUUACGCGCCGUCCGGAGACAACUCGGCGCAGCUUCGGGCCCGCUGACUACCUGUUAUCUGUCAUCUCGCCGUAGGUGGUAAUAAUGCUUCCCAGCCCGCUUGUAACUUCUUCCACCACGCCUUUUUCUGUGAAGGACAUCCUGAAGUUAGAGCUGCAGCAGCAGUCCCAGCAGCACCAGCUGCAGUUCAUCUCCUGCUUCGGUCUCUCCGGCGCGCUGUCGCAGCCCGGAGCUUUCCCGAGCAAACCGCUCGGCUCCCGCUCGCCGCCCUCCUGCAUGCUGGCCGGGAGGGACAGCCCGAGUCCCAUCAGCUCCGUCGUGUCGGAGAGCGAGGAGAGGAUGUCGUACCUCAACACGCUGGCGGUGCAGGAGCGGCUGGGGGAGUCCGGUGUGCCGCUGGAGAUGUUCGGCGGCCAGAACCUCCCCGCGGAGCUCCGGCUGGAGACCGAGCAGGAGGAGCAGGACAGCAAGAGCUGCGGGCCGCUGCGCGCUGACUGCGAGGAGCCAGACUCGGACAGAACCGCCACCAAGCAGCAGAGGACCAGGAGGAAACCCCGCGUCCUCUUCUCCCAGGCUCAGGUGUUCGAGCUGGAGCGGCGCUUCAAGCAGCAGCGCUACCUGUCCGCCCCGGAGAGAGAGCACCUGGCCAGCUCCCUGAAGCUCACCUCCACCCAGGUCAAGAUCUGGUUCCAGAACAGGAGGUACAAAUGCAAGAGGCAGCGGCAGGACAAGACGCUGGAGAUGGCGGGGCACCACCACCACCACCACCACCACCACCCACCGCCUCCGCCCAGGAGGGUGGCUGUGCCCGUGCUGGUCCGGGACGGGAGGCCUUGUCUGACUGGAUCCCAGAACUAUAACCCCUCUUACACGGUCGCAGCUCCAAACCCGUACAGCUACAACAGCUAUCCAGCCUACAGCUACAACAACUCCGUGUACACUAACUCCUACUCCUGUACUUACUCUAGUUUACCUGCUCUGCCGCCCAGCAACACCGCUGCCAACGCUUUUAUGAACAUGAAUUUGGGUAAUCUUGGCGCACAGACGCAAAGCCAGGCGCCCCAAGGACCGGUCGUCACACCCUGCCAGGGAACGCUGCAGGGCAUCCGGGCAUGGUAGCGCGGCUUUUACGCACUGCUGAGGGAGACCCUGGGACGGCUGAACGGACUCAAAAGCAUGUGAACCUGAUCCACUAAUGCGAAAGGAAAGCACAAGUUAGAACUCUGCGACGUGACAGAGAGUGUAGGCCGGUGAGGGCAGGCCGCACGAGGAAACAAUAACCCGCCGACUGAGAUGCAAAUCACGUAUUAUGCGCGUUUUCCUCUGAGCCACAGAAGUGUUGUUGGAUGUUUUACUGUUGGAUUGAAUGUUGCCGAUUAAAGACUGUGCGUAAUCUGGCUGAUUGUGGUUCAAACACAGAUGUGAAAAUAAAGGGACACUCUAUGGAAGGUUCCACACAACCAUACGUUUCUACGCGUACUGUAUAGAGCCCAUAAUAAACGCAGGUCAUUGGUCUGA